AUGUCACAGUUAGAGACAGCCAUGGCUAUGCUGAUGCAGACCUUUGACAAAUAUGCCGCGGUCGAAGGUAGCAAAGGUUCACUGAGCAAAGCCGAGCUGAAGACCAUGAUAGAGAAAGAACUGCCUAGUUUUUUGAAGGGUGCGAAGAACCAGGAGGAGGUGGAUAAGCUCAUGAAAGCUUUGGAUCAGAACGGGGACGCUGAAGUAGACUUCAGUGAAUUUGUGAUUAUGGUGGCAGCGAUGACCUGUGCUUGCCACGACCGCAUGGCGCAAAAACAAGCCUGA